GAAAAAAAAGAGAGGUUAUUCUCCCCAGGGCUUACACCAACGGGAGAACUUCCCCGUCUUCCGGUACACCUACUAUAGCUACAGGCCAAGUACCCACAGUACUACUAGGAGGGACGACGUGCUCACCACCCUGGCCACAAGCGCAACGAACAACCCCCACGUGCUGAGGGUGCCAUCCGGAGAGUACAUCAAGACAGGACAAGCAUAACCUUCAUCACCGAAAGAGAGAGAGAGAGACCAUGAGGCAGCGUAUCACCUUCCUGCACAGGCCGCAGGACGCCGUCGACCCAUCGACCUUCAAGGUCCUCGACAGCAGCCUGACGGGCCCAGUCUUGCCCGCAGUGAGGGAGGAUCGUGUCACCCUGGCCCUGGACGAGCUGCCGGACGCGCUGCGUCAGGUCCUGCAGAGCUCUCAUGAGCUUCACGUGCGAUGGGUUAGCCCACACCCCUACGAUACCGUGAGCCCGCUCUUCUCGCGCCUCUCGCCCGGGUUCCACCUGUUCUACACGCCUCAGCCAGAAUCCCUGGCCCAGGACGAUGGUCGACUCUGCAAGACGCUGCAGGAGGUCUUUGGUCAGGGCCUGGACUGCAACUCAGCCCAGACCUCCUUCACAACACUCCCAAACGACCGCUUCUCCCACGCCACGGCCUACCAGUACUACUCGCCCCUGGAGUCUCUUAGGCCGCUCAUAGCCUACGCCCACAGUACACUCUGCCCACCGCCAUCAGCCACCACCCCGGAAGGUUCCUCCUGCGCCUCCCGCGUGGACCGUCUCAGCACUGCCAGCAGCCUUGAUGUCUCGUGGGACACCAUCAGCCACGCUCUCAAGGUCACUGCCCAGUGGACCUACCAGGACGAGCCCCUCAUUGUGACCUCGCCCCUCGAUGCGAAUAAUCAUCGCGUCGAGGUUGGCGUGCUGGCCUCGGACCCUACCCAGCACGGUGUCGAGCCCCACGAGAUCGGCCUGGCCGGCGUGCUGACGGUCCUGGGCCAGGAUAAGAAACCCUCGCCCACGGUCUUCAAGUUCCCUGCCCGUCACCGUCGCGCUGAGGGCGGUGCCUUCACCGCCAGCUUCUUGGAGCCUACAGGCCUGCACCCGUCGCUGCAGCUCCGGCUCAACAGCGCUGCCAUCCGGCCCCCGCCUGGCGCUGCCGACGGCGCCUGUGCACUCCACACCCACCUGACCCUUCCGCGCGCCGUCUUCGCGGACAAGUACCAGCUCUCAGACCCCCUCUUUCUCGCAAGCAAGAACCUCAGCGCCCUGCGCUACACCUCCCAGCCCGUCGACCUCGAGGCACCCGACUACGUCAUGAAGCUGUGGGGGUCCGCCGCGCUGCUCGAGCUCUCCCUUCCUCCUCCUCCGGAGCUAGAGGCAGAGCUAGGCCUCGACGCGUGGACGGCUGAGGUACCCCUUCACCUCCGCUAUCUGGCCCCUGCGCCUGGUGGGUACAGAGACGUCGAGGUGCCCUACCCGGCCGUCUUCUGGGCUUGCACCACCGAGGAAGGGACCAAGUUUCCGUCGAGCCCAUUCGAGCGCGUCAAUCUGGGGUAUGACGGGCUAUUUGGCCCGCGUACCGUAUUCUGGCACGUCGACCCGCAGCCUGUUGCAGGAGCGGAAGGAGGAGAUGCUCGGCUAACGAGUGGCCUCCGGGUGCCCGUCCUAGACGUGGACAGGGCCGGAUGGGUCGGCAUAGGGACGACGGUUGUCGUGGCCCUUGGAUUCGGGUGGAUCGUGUGGAAGCUUGUCCAGCUGUACCUCAAGACGGGUUACGGACCUGCCCAGCAAAUGGAGGGGUUGGUGAGGAAGAAGAAGGAGCAAUAGUUGUGGUAGUAAGGCACGUGCGAGAUAGUAUGUGAGAGUCUUGAUGAUGAUGAUGACGAUGGUGAUGAGAGAUUGCGCCAUCUCUCUUCUAUAUAUAUAGGCUCAUCCAUCAUGUCUUGCCUAGAUCCUCCUCUAGAGCUAAAGCAGAACAACGCUCACCG